AUGGGCCUGGGCAGCUGCAGCAUGGGUAGCUGCUACUGGACGACAGAGCUUGAUGGCGAGGUAAAGCUGCGCAUGAGCAAGAAUGUGGAGAAUGAGCCUCCGGUCACCGUGCCCGACCUAAUCAUGAGCGCUGCCACCAAGUACUCGCACUACCUGGCGAUAGGCUCCAAGUACAAGAAGAGCUGGCAGCUGCUCACCUACAUCGAAUACUACGAGGCCUGCCGACGCGCAGCCAAGGCCUUCCUCAAGGUACUGCGGGUGCGCACCCCACCUGCUGUGCUGCCAGCGGCAUGGGACCGCGUGACGUGGCUACUGUCGUCCUCGACUUCCGGAGGCAUGAAGGACCCCAAGAACCACACAGUUCCCCAAAGCCCCCACUCACGAGGUCUGCAGCCCCUGAAUUCUGCUUCCAGCGGCAUCUCUGUGGGUAUCCUGUGCAGCAACUCACCCAAAGCCUGCCAGGUCAUUGCCGAAGCCUCCGAGAUGGACAUCAUCCUGGUGGACAAUGACAAACAGCUCCAGAAAGUCAACCAGAUCCAGGGCUACCUGAAGCAUCUCAAGGCCAUCAUACAAUACAGAGAAGACAUCCAGGAAGUACAGCCCAAUCUAUACUCGUGGAAAGGCUUCCUGGACCUCGCAGAUGGCAUCUCGGAUGAAAAACUGGACCAAAUCAUCGACUCACAGAAGCCUAACCAGUGCUGUGCUUUGGUGUACAGCCAGGGCACCGUAGGGACCCCAAAGGUCAUGAUGCUCAGCCACGACAACAUCACAUGGACCACAGCAGCCACUGUUCAGAGCCUGGGGUACAAGUGUCCGCCUGAUGGUCAGGAGGUCCUUGUGAGCUACCUGCCGCUCUGCUACGCUGGGGUCCAGAUCUUGGAUGUGUGGGUGGCCAUCUCCGUGGCUGGAACAGUCUACUUCCCCUCAUCGGAGGCAGGGAAGGGGAGUGGACCACCACGAGCUCCUGGCACGGGCUUCCUGACAGAGAUGCUCCGCGAAGUUCAGCCCACCACGUUCUGCGGCAUCCCGUGGGUGUGGGACCGUAUGCUGGACAACCUGAAGACCAAACACCUGGACUCCACAGCCUUCCGCAGGAAGAUCGACCGCUGGGCCAUGCGUGUGGGACUCAGCACCCACAGGAGGCGGCUGCAGGGGCAGAUCCACCAGCCACUGUGCUUCGGCAUGGCCAAGAGGCUGACCUUCGACCCUGCCAGGAAGUUCCUGGGUCUCAACCAUUGCCAGCAGUUCCUGAACCUGGGUCUGGGGCUGCCGAGGGCCACGGUGGACUUCUUCCUCGGCCUGAACAUCCCCAUCUUUCAGCUGUAUGGCUUGACCGAGAGCAGUGGACUGCACACUCUGUCCAGCCACCAGGCUUUCCGACUCCUGAGCUGUGGGAAGGCACUGCCCAACUGUCACACAAAGGUGGAAAAAGAGAACCGCGAAGGCAUCGGAAAGUUGUGUAUGUGGGGCCGCCACAUCUUCAUGGGGUACCUCAACGACAAGGCAAGCACGGAGAAGAAGAUGGACAACCAGGGCUGGCUACACACAAACGACCUGGGCUUCUUGGAUGUUGACAAGUUCCUCUAUGUCAUGGGGAACAGCAACGAUAUAAUCACGCUGAGUUCGGGCGAAAUGGUCAACCCGAGUCCCAUUGAGGAGCGAGUGAAGACGCGCAUCCCCAUUGUGCGCUACGUGAUGCUGGUGGGCCAGGAUGCCCCAUACCUGUGUGCCCUCCUCACAUUAAAGUGUCAGAUCAAUCCGGAGACUGGAGAGGCUCGGGGCGCCCUGACCAGCGAGGCCGUGGCCUGCUGCCGGAAGCUGCGGAGUCGGUCCACCUGGUUGACAGAUGUCCUAGAAAACCGUGACCCCUUGGUUACAGAGUUCAUCAACCAGGGCAUCCAGGACGUGAAUGCGGAGGCACCCUCGGAGGGCGCCAAGAUCAUUAAGUGGGUCAUUCUAGACAGCGAUUUCUCUGUUGGCGGUGGGGAGCUCGGGCCCAUGUCCAGACUGAACAGGACCAUUGUGACGAAGAUAUACCAGGAGGACAUCCAGAAGUUCUACGAGAUAAGCACCUAGCAGCCCCGUGCAGCCCGUCUUCACUCAGGUGCUGGUAGUUCGUGAUUUUCAUUCUGCCUAUUAAAGGACAAUUUCUACAGUGGGGGCAGUACUGGCUCUGGGUGAGGGCCUGGGCGGAAGGCAUAUCCUGCCCUCUAGUGUUGGGAUCAAUUGUAAAGGAAUAAUUAAAUGUGUUUGCUUAAGAGGUGGCUCUCACCCAGGGGUGAUUUUGUCAAGGGACACUGGGUGACAUCUAGCUGUCGUUACUGGUGUGAAGAGGGUGGGGGUCCAGGACACUGCCCAGUGCUCAGCAGGGCAGAGGCCCCUCAGAUGCCUGUGUAAGAUCCUAAAUUGUAGUGACCUCUGACCCAGGGAUCAUGUUGACACCUCAAGCAAAACUUCCAAACUGAAAUGGCUCCCACCCUAGACUUUAUUUUUACUUUGAAAACUACACUCUUUUUUUCCCUUGGCCAUAGUCUGGUGCCCAGGCCCUUAUACCAGGAUAGUUUUCAGUCAGGCCUCCAAACCUUCACUGGGGUAUUCUAGGUGGGACUCCACCCUGACCACGCCCCCAGGCCCUC